UACAAAUGUUUCAUUAAUCGACCGGACAGAUUCGUACCGCAAAUAUUAGGGAAAAUGAAUCGGAACCUCCUUCCCCAUCGGGAUCAUGCAAUAACGUGUCGUUGAACGCGAUAAGCGCCUGGGCAGCCAAGUUUCCCCCCACUCCCUGGCUAUCGUGUGGCAACGUACGACGAUGACAGCCAGGUGACAGGUGGCAAUUGCUUCACGUUCCCUCGAACCGACAAGGACAAUGGCGCAAAGCGAAAACAACGGCGAGCCGCAAGGUAGCAAGGGCGACGCAGCUAAACAAGCGGUGAGUGGCAGAGGCAGCAUUUCGACGCCGAGAGGCAGCGUCUCGCCCAAAGUAACCAGCGUGUCGACCCCGGCUCUCCUAGGCGAAUCUCCGUUUUGGGUUGAGCGAAUGCACGCUCUGCUCUACGUAGAUAUCUUGGGUUCCGAAGUGCGUCGCCUACGGCACACCGAUAAGCAUGGAGAAAGCAUUGUGAAGUUCGAUGAGGCCAUUACAUUCGUCGUCCCUGUAGAGGGCAAAGAAGAUAAGUUCGUAAUUGGACAAGGAAACGUCAUAGUGCUGGUGACUUGGGAUGGUCACGGCCAGAAACCCCCACGUGAAGUGUUGAUUCCUGUCGGACAAGGACGCAAAAACAAAGUCACUGUUGGCAAAGUGGAUCCUUCUGGACGUUUGUGGAUAGGCACGUCCGACCACCUGGAUCCAGAAGCCAGGUCGUCUUCCACAAGAGGCGGGCUGUUCAGCCUGGAUCGGGGCCGCCAACUGAAAAAGCACGUGGGAGACAUCUCCGGGUGUUACGGCCUGGAGUGGAGCCUCGACGGGAAGACGAUGUUUUUCGUCGAACCUUUGAAGAAAACUGUGGAUGCCUUUAAUUUCGAUGCAGAGAAGGGAGAAUUAUCAAACCGACGAGUUCUGCUCGAUUACACCAACAAGAUGAGAGGGGAACCGCGCGGCCUCACCAUCGACGAAGAAGGCAAGCUGUGGGUGGCUUCCUUCGGCGGCUCACAGGUGUUGCGAGUGGACCCCGAGUCGGGCGAGGUGAUGAAGCGGCUGCCCGUGCCUUGCCGUGACGUCACCAACGUGACGUUCGGCGGAGACGACGUGGAGGACCUGUUCGUGACGACGUGCUCCUCGCGCCUGGAGCCCAGCGAACGCAACGCCUAUCCCGGCUCGGGCACCACCUUCCGAGUCACCGACCUCGCCGUCAAGGGCACCAGGGCGCGCCACUUCCUCCUGUAGAGCGAGCUUCGGCUCUACGGGACGAGCAGAGCGGAGAGCAACGUUCUAGACCAUCUCGCUGUGGAAAACUUCGGGAGCACAAUGCGAAGACGGUCACGACGUGAACAACUCCAUCAUACUGCAGCGUUCAAAGCGAAGAGCAUUGCGUUUUGAACAAAGUUGCAAACAUUUCUAGCCCAAAGCUGUUUUUUUUCUGGAGCGUGUGGGAAGAAGCUCACAUGCCGAAUAAAGCUAGAGACAUUUCUGGCCAAUGCUAUUUCUUUUCGGGAUGUAAUGAGAAGAAAGCUGCAUUCUGGAUAAUGUUGCUGACGGUUUGGUCGCAAUGUUGCUGCCUAUAUAAAAUCGCAAUGAAACGAAGGCCGCAUUUGGCGCCAUGUUGUUUUCGCUUUCAUCACCACGCUUUCGUCACCAUCUUCAAAACGUAAAAGAAAGAAGGCUGCUGCAGGGCAAUGUUGCCUACGUUUUGGUGACCAUGUCAGCAACCUCACACGCAAUGAGGCGCCUCCUGAACAGCCGAAAUGUUAUUUAUCUCGGCUGCGCAUGUCAUCAUAUACGUCUUGUAAUGCGCUCAUAAUGAAGACAUAUGAUGCCUCUAUGUUACUUCUCAACGUUAGGUGCAUAAAGAUGGCCUCCGUUCAUAAAUUCUUAUAUUACGGUAUAUUUAUAUUGUGCAAUCUUCAUUACUCGUUAGUAAAAAAUCGCAGAAAGACAAUUUAUAAAUAGUCUCAAACUCGCUUUUGAAAAGCACAGUUUGAUUAACAAUAAAAAUUGAACGAAAAGAAAUUUAAAUGUCGUACGGAAGUGGAUCAUGAGAUAAAGAGAUAAAAUCAUGAAUAUAUUAGAUUCAAUUUGAACGGUUAUGUUGUUAUAUGCUUGCUUAUGAAUAGCUGUUGAAGUGUUACUUUUUUAAUGUCAGUGAAAUGCUGUAAGUUAAAGCAUCACAUCCGUAUUAUUAUUAAAAGACAGUAUGAGGCAGUGUAUUAAUAGAAACAAUAUGUCAUACGCCCUAUGAUUUUGUUGAGAAGAAACAAGUUUAUUUUUGUGUUAAGACUGUAACUUUUAAGAAUGUUUCUUUCAAUAAUAAAGGAUCGAACCCAGAGCAUAUUAUCAAUGUUAUUAACUUCUUAGGAACAUAAAUUCAAAAAUACGGAGUGAAUUUAAUAACCCUCGUAUCACAUUGUGCUUUAUAAAUGGGUUAGUCAACGUACUUUGCAGCAGUUGUCGUAAGUUUAAAGUUGAAUAACAACAGUUUGACAUGAAUCAGAAAUAUGUAUGAAUGGAGUAUAGAUUAAAU